CAUAGAAUAGUUCCUCUGAGAGAUGGUGGAACCCUGCGCGAGACCGUACUCUGCACAAGUCCGCAGGUUUGAUGCUGAGGCGUCAAAGCGUACAUCUUCCGCGGUGCGACCGCUGUCGGCUAGGCUUGAAGGUUGGUCCGCUCCUUCGAAAAACUCUGGCAUCGCAGAGGUCUUGGCCACCAGCUGUCGGGAGCUGAAAGCAGAAUUACCACCAGAGCUGCGAUGCCCCGAGGCAGCGAUUCUCCAGUUGGCACCUGGCACAAAGUUGCGGAACUGCAGGUCUAACAGCUGCUGUUGGAGGUGGGUUGCCACGAGGUUGCUGGACGAGUGCGUGUCUGCAACUGGCCGCGCAACAGAGAUGCGUAGAGUACUGGAAGAGGAGCUGGGAGACUCGAUCCUGCAGCAGUUCCUCAACUUAGAGACUGAGCAUGAGGUUUUGCAGGCCCGCCUUAACGAGGAAAGGCACGAACUGGGGACUGAACGAGCACUUCGCAGUAGCCUGGAGGAACAGCUCGCUGAUAUGCAGGUGCAGCUGAAAGAGGCCCAAGAGCAUGCCGCCACCAUGGACUCGGCAGCACGGCGUGCGAUCUCCGCAAAGCACAAAGAGGAGGCUACAGUCAAAGAUCUGCGUGAGGAACUUGAGAGACUGAUGAGAAACAGCCCCGAAGUGCUGCGACGCCGCACCGCCCAAGCGGAAGCUGAAGUGGAACGAAUCCGCGCAGAAACAGAGAAAAUCACGGAGAAACACAAGAAAGACAUGCUGGACGAACGAGAUCAGAAGACAAAGCUCUUCAUAAAGCUCAAAGAGCUGCAGGUCGAGCUCUGGAGUCUGGGAAUUCGUGACUUUGGGCACGGACUCUAUGGGAGUUAUAUCAUGUUAUAUCAUGUAUCAGUAUGUUAUUUAAGGGCUGCCGCCCCUGCCGCCGACCCCGGAAGAAGUGGCAAGGAAGCAAAGCUGGCAGCUCGACCUUUUUGCUAUGUACAUCGUUGUGAAAUAUAUUUGAUAGAUAUUUGA